CUGCCACUUCUCCUGCCUGUCUGGCUUCCAUUAAAGCCUUUAUGUAUUUUUUUUUGUGCUGCUGAUAAUUUUAGCAGCGAAUAUGAAUGUGGUGGAAAGCUUGGAGAGACGAGAGAAAGGAGGCUGCAGGGAAGUCUGGAGAAACAGCAGAAACAGCUGCGUCCUCCAUGUUGUCGAGCCAAAGAGAGAAAAGGAGAAGCCAGUGACAAAAAAAUAAACACAAUUCGAAUAAAUACCCAACAGCGGCUAAUCUCUCGCUAUAUCUGUCUCAUCUUCUUGUUUGAGGGGGCUAAGAAAAGAAGCGUAUUUUGACGUUGAAUUUGCUGCUUCCUUUCCGUCUUUCUUACAAUCUUUUCCUGCCUUUCUUUCGCCGCCUAAGCGCCUGUCCCCUGUCCCCUCCUCGCCUGAGCCUGCCGCUAGCAGGCUGCCGGCCCGUCCACUCGCGUCCCUCCCUUCCCUCGCUCGCCGGCGCUUUCCUCCUCCAUUCCAUACUACGUGCCCAGUGUGAGUCAGAUAAUGGCCUCUCUCGCACUGCGCUAGCUGAAAAGCAGAGGGGGGAGGAGGCAAGAGGGACUGGGAGGAGGAGGAGGAGGGAGGGUGGAGGGAGAGAGAGAGAGAGAAAGAGAAGACAGGGGGGAGGGAGACAGAGAGAGAGAGAGAGAGAGAGCAAACGAGUAUGAGUACAAGCGAGCGAAAGACACAGAGAGAGAAAGAAAGAGAGAGAUAAAGAGAGGGAGAGGAGGGGUUUGUAGAGGCUAAGCGCAGUAGUCGGUCUGCGGACGCGAAAGGGUAGAGCGAGAGAGAGAGCGAGAGAGAGAGAGAGACACAGAGAGGGAAUACAGAGAGAGGAGGAAGGAAGGGAGGAGCGCGGAGACAUAAUGUGAGGACGGCGACAAGAGAGAGCGAGAGAUAGAGAGCGAGAGAAAAAGAGAGCAAAAGCGGCGGUGGCAGCAGCAGUGGUGGUGGCGGUGGCAGUGGCAGGAGGCGCAGGAGGAGGAGGAUAAGGAAGAAGAGAAAGACAGACAGAGAGACAGACAGAGAGAGAGAGAGAGAGAGAGAGAGGGACGCAGGCGAGUGUGUGGGGGGAGGUGUGUGUGUGUUUGCGCGAGUGAUCGAGCAAGUGUGCGCGUGCAUGCGAGAGAGAGUGAGUGAGUGAGUGUGUGCGUGCGAGUGCCUGCGUGCGACCGACCGACCGACCUAUCAAGUGAGUGAGUGUAUGCGUGCGAGUGUACGAGUGUGUGUGUGAGUGUUUAAGUGUGUCUUGUGAGCGAGUGCAUGUGUUGCUUGCCGCACUGACGGAUUUACGGAUUGACUGACCGACCGAGGCGAAGGGAAGAAAGAAAGAAGGAGAGAGAAAAAGAGAAAGAGAGGGAGGCUGCAGAAAGGAAAGAAAGAAAGGAAAGGAGGAAGCCCAGGUUAGCUUGUGACCGGCUUGUCUGUUCCCUGCACGGUGUCUCUCGGCAUUUGUCGUUCCAUGCACUUUUCCUGUCCACUCCUCCCUCCGCCGUCUUUUCCGUCUACCGACCGGACAGAACGAUCAGCACUGUUUCAGGGGUGGGUUCAGUGGAUGGCCCCAGAGGAAGUGGCCAGAUGGAAAUUGACCAUGACCGCCUGGAGAAAGGCGUCUUGAACCAGGAACCGUCCAGUGGACUGAACCAUGCGGGAAAUGGAGAGGAGGCGAAUGGCAAUGAAGCUGGAACUUUGACCAGGGAUCAGCAUCAGCAGAACCACCACCGUCAGGAGACGUUAGCAUGUCUUCCCCAGUCACAGGGCUGGGGGCCUGGUCAUCCUAUAGGGGCAUCGAACCCCCAGCAGCAGCAGGCCGGAUGGAGCGACCAUGCUGCUGGUAGUUCGGUGAACAAUGUGGACAUGGAGAACGCUAGGACCCUGGUGGCCUUCUCAGCUAGUGCAGGCUCCCUGUCCACUUGCAAUGUUUCUAAGCCUUCUCAAAGCCCUACUGCACAGCUGUAUGAGAAGUUCAUCCAGGAAAUGGGUGGUCGCGGGGAUGACGCUAAGCAGAAAGGAUGGAGUGGUGAUGGUGAAAAAAACUGCACUCCGGAGGAUCUGAACACCCUCCAGACGGCACUGAAUCAAGCCAGGCAUGGUCAUAAGCCACCAAACUGUGACUGUGAGGGUCCGGACUGUCCUGACUACCUGGAGUGGUUGGAAAAGAAGAUCAAAACGGCGGCCAACAAACAAGACGAGGGUCUUUUCAAGAUGUCAGGUGCUCCCCAAACACAGCAACAGCACUACCAGUCUCAACCCCAACCUAAACACACUGAUACAAAUGCGUCUUGUGGGUCAGUUGCAGAAUCUCAGUUGCAGAACCCUGUCAACCAACCUCCAGGUCCAAGACCUUAUGGACCCCGGCCACCUAUUCAGUGUACCCCCAGUGUGCUGUCAAUUGCAAAAGAGAGAAAUGUCAGCCUACAAACAGCUAUUGCAAUUGAGGCACUAACCCAGCUAUCUGGCACCAGUGAGGGUGUCGGUGAAUCUGCCGGUGGAAAUUCCCGCCACCAUCCUUCUCCUCAAACUCACUCCCAGACGCAAAAUGGGAUGCAAUUGCUUUCAUCACCUGGCCCCCUGUCAUCAGCCUCUCCCUCCCCUAUGGCCCAGUCUGGACCUCCUGGGCAUUUUCCCCAACAAGAUCCUGCUUCAUGGGAUCAGCACAGGCCUUCGUCACAAGGUCCUGCUCCCCACCCCUCCCAAUACGGGUCUUCUUCCCCCUUCCCAAACUCGCAUCCAUCCAUCGCUAACCCCUUUCCUCAGCAGUGGCAGCAGGACGCUGGUGGAAGCUGUGUGAAAAGCUCUCCAAGAAACCCCUGGAUGAUGAUGAACUCUGAGCCUCAGGCACAUUUUCCGCAACCUUCCCAAAGUGGCAGCGAUCCAAUGUCUGAGCUGAAACAACUCCUGGGCGAUACCAGCGGAAAGUAUGCCAAUGCUGCCUUUAGGUUCCCUGGCCUGCCUCAGAAUUUGAAGGACGGCCAAAAUGGUGGCCACCCAGUAAUGCCCUACGUCAAGCAGGAGGUAGAUAAUGGGGAGUACCCAAGUCAGGCUUGUGGAGCAAUGGGCCAGUUUGGGAUGGUAAAUGGCCAGCAGCAGCAUCAGCAAUUCCAGGGUCAGCAGUUUUCUCAAUCCAUUAGGCACUCAACUCAGGCAGCACUGCAACAGCACCUUCAUCACAAACGUAACCUCUUCUCCAGUCCCCCACCCUUCAGUCCACGGUCACCUAUGGCGUGCCAGACCCUACGCAAGUGGUGGCCACAAACGACACAACAAGAAAGCACUCUCGCCAUUAAACAAGAACCCAAGGAGCCCAAGAAGAAAAAGAAUACGCAGAGUUCUCCUAUGCUCAAGCAGCAAGUGGGUGGACAGUUUAGCCCCUUGGGUCCACCUCUUCCUAAACCUAAACCGAUCAUCAUCAAGAAGCCCAAGCAGAAGGCCUCGCAACCGGUCUUCCUCCCGCAGAACCAGAUCACAAUACAAAAGUCCCUUCCAAGCAUGCCAGCGAGUAUGCCGUCCCCAUCCCAGCUGACGCCAUCUCUACCCAUCAUGGAGGUUGGGUCCCCCCAAUGUCUACCCCCAUAUAACCCCUCUCAGGUGGCUUUGAGCCAGGCAGCUCCAGCCCAAACUCAGGAAUCCAUUUUCAACAGCAGUAGUACCCCUAUGUCUGGAAACACACCCCCGAUCUCCACCCCUGCAUCUGUACCUGCCCCCCACACCCAGGAAGGGCUGACUAGCUCAGGCCUGACCACAGAAGGUAAGGCUAUCACUUCCACACCUCAGACCUCCACAUCUCAGACAACUCCACCCUUAGCUGGCCUCGGUUCCCUUGACCCAAAAUUUGAGGAUCUGAUUCGCCAGUUUGAGGAGGAAUUCGGGGAUCCUUUGCCCUCUGCUUCUGUUGCAGACGCCCCGGGGCAGGGACCUGGACCAUCUUCGGUGACAGAGUCACAACAAAACUCUAACUCAGGACAAACCAGACCCCAGUCACCAUCCCCAGAGCAGCAAAACAACCCCCUCGCAGCCCCUUCGAGCCAGCCGGAGCCCAUGCAAGAAGGAGACAAGGAAAAAGAGCUAGAUGUGAAUCAAGCUGCAGGAGAGAAAGAAGAAACCCCAGUUCCCUCCAGCCAACUUCCUGCCAUCAAACAGGAAGCUGGGGAGUGUGAAAUGGAUAUCAAGCCGUCAGGACAGCUCCUGUCCCAAGCGCAGGAGGCCUAUCUGCAGCAGCAGCAGCACCGAAUCCUGGCGGACCCCUUCACCAUGUCCUCUACUCCCCCACCCAAACGGGUGAAGCUCGAGUCUUCGGGUGGUGUAACGGUGCUGUCCACCACCGGCUGUUUCUCUACAGUAGAUGAUUUAGAUACUCCCACAAAGGAUGCUUUGGCUUCAGGACCUUCGCUGAAAGGUUUCCUGGAGUCCCCACUGCGCUACUUGGAUACCCCAACCAAGAACCUGCUGGACACACCUGUGAAGGACAACCAAGCAGAAUUCCCCCUCUGUGACUGUGUGGAGCAAAUCCUGGAGAAAGAUGAAGGACCCUACUACAAUCAUUUGGGAUCAGGCCCCACUGUGGCGUCUAUACGAGAGCUGAUGGAGGGCAGGUAUGGAGAGAAAGGUGAAGCGAUCCGAAUAGAGAAGGUGAUCUACACCGGCCGGGAGGGCAAGAGCUCACAGGGCUGUCCCAUCGCCAAGUGGGUGAUCCGGCGCGGCAGCGAGAAGGAGAAGCUGCUGUGUUUGGUGCGGCACCGGGCGGGUCACCACUGUGCCAACGCCGUCAUCAUCAUCCUCAUCCUGGCGUGGGAGGGGGUCUCGCGGGCGGUGGGGGAUAAACUGUACCGCGAGAUCUCCGACACCCUCACCAAAUACGGCAACCCCACCAGCCGCCGCUGUGGCCUCAACGACGAUCGUACGUGUGCAUGCCAGGGGAAAGACCCCGAGACCUGUGGUGCUUCCUUCUCUUUCGGGUGUUCCUGGAGCAUGUACUUUAACGGCUGUAAGUACGCCCGCAGUAAGACCCCGCGCAAGUUCAGACUGCAAGGAGAACACCCCAAAGACGAGGAGCUUCUCAGGGAUCAUUUCCAGGACCUGGCCACUCGAGUGGCCCCUGUGUAUAAGAAACUGGCCCCUCAGGCUUACAGCAACCAGUGCAAAAACGAAAAGGUGGCGUCAGACUGCCGGCUGGGUUUGGAAGAAGGACGGCCCUUUUCGGGCAUCACUGCAUGCAUGGACUUCUGCGCCCAUGCCCACAAAGACCAGCAUAACCUCCACAACGGCUGCACUGUGGUGUGCACUCUUACAAAAGAGGACAAUCGGCAGGUGGGGGUGGUCCCAGACGACGAGCAGCUUCACGUGCUUCCGCUUUAUAAGGUCUCAACGGCGGACGAGUUCGGUAGCGAGGAGAACCAGCGCCGCAAAAUUCAGACCGGUGCUAUCCAGGUGCUCAGCAAUUUUCGCAGAGAGGUUCGCAAACUUCCAGAACCUGCCAAGUCCUGCCGACAGCGGCGGUUGGAGGCCAAGAAAGCUGCAUCAGAGAAGAAGAACAAGAAACAGCAGCUGAUUGAGACACCGGAGAAAACUAUCAAGAAGGAGGUCCGGCUUGCAGUUUCACCUCACCCACAGCAAGGCAAUAAAGCAAUUCCAAAACAAGAGGUGAAGCCCACCAUCAAAAAGGAGCGCUUUCAGGGCAUGAAUGGAGAAUACCCCGCCCACGGGAAUGGCAAGAUGUGUCCUGAUCCCUAUGGGAUGAAUGGUGCCUAUCCCUACCCUGGUCCCUAUGCAAGAGGUGGCCUGCUUCCCAACGGCCAGCCAUCUGCACCCGGCCCUAUUAAUGGCUUCCAUCCAAACCUCCAAGGUAUGCCCUACAACUACUACAGCCACCCCUCCAAUGCACUUUUGCCCCCUGAAGUCUUGGGCUGCGACGGACGAAAUGGGACCUGGCCUAAAUCUGCUGCAUUAGACCAGAAACGAGAUCCCCAGGCUAGGCUGGCACAAGCGUACUCCAACCGCCCCGAUCAACAGCGCCAGCAGGUUGCCGACUUGUCCAAUCCUGGCUACUUGCAUCAGCCUGAGCUAUCCCAGUCUCCAGCUACACCUAACCGUACCCCAUCUGCAACCCCAGAUCAACACCGUGGCACACCAGUCAUCAAGCAGGAGCCUACGGAGGUGCCGCUAUAUGACAACAGGACAGAUGGACAAGUCCGGAGUUGCCCCAACACCCCUAGCGUUACCCCACAACCCGAUGCCUGGUCUGGGCACAAGCCCAAUGGCAGCUUGGCUUCCAAAGGAUGGGACGGAAAUCUCAGACCAGGUGUAGCCCAUUCACCGUUCACUCCAGACAAGCAACGGCAACUCCACCAGCAACACCAUAACCAGCCUCAGCAUCCUCAGUAUGCCCAUCAACAGCAACAUUGGGGAUCCUACCCUGGUACACCAAUAGCCUCCCCAGCUCCUUCCCCCUCUCCGGCCUUGAAAGGAGGCCUGUCUCCAGCUCCUUCCCCUCACCCAAGUACCCCUCACCAUUGGGAAAGCCCUGUUCCCAGUCCACAACCCAAAGCUUGGGGUCCUAUAGGCUCUGCAGGCUUUGGUCCUGGGGGGCUUAGGCAGGGCACGCCAGUUGGCGCAUUCCCAGACAAGAUGUUGUCCCAGACUGUAGAAGGUCGAGGAUCAACACCUCUAGGCCUUCAGGAGAAAGCUUGGAAGUCUGGCGGUGCUUCAGCAGCAGGAAGCACUCCAUCUCCUGCUCCGGAAGGUCGCCUGUUUCCGGAUGCCUUGCAGAAAGUAGACGGGCAAGCUUGCUGGCAGAGUGACGUGGAAAGCCACAGCGAACGAGAUGCAGAAGAAGAAGAAGAAGUGUUUUCAGACAGCGAGCACAACUUUCUGGACCCUAACAUCGGAGGAGUAGCGGUGGCGCCCAGCCACGGCUCCAUUCUAAUCGAGUGUGCCCGCCGGGAACUACACGCCACCACGCCGAUAAAGAAGCCAGACCGCAGUCACCCGACCCGCAUCUCUCUGGUGUUCUACCAGCACAAGAACUUGAACCAGCCCUGCCACGGCCUGGCACUGUGGGAGGCCAAGAUGAAGCUGCUUGCUGAGCGGGCGAGGCAAAGGCAGCAGGAGGCAGCUCUUCUGGGCCUCUCGCAGGAGGAGAUCAAGGCUUACGCCAAGAAGCGCAAGUGGGCGGACGGAGCCUCGAGUCCUUCCUCGGGGCCCACCAAGGACAGGCGGGAAGGGGUGGUGACACGGAUGGCCCCCACACAGCACACCACCACCAUGGUCACUUUGUCACCCUACGCCUUCACCCAGCUCACGGGGCCAUACAGUCGCUUUAUGUAAGCUCUUGCAAAACUGGUGCCCCCCUGUGGCUGGGAGCGGAAUUGCAGGGUGCUAAAAUGAAAAAGUGAGAACAAAAUCUCACCCUUUCCUUAAAACCCUGAACCUCUCCCAGCUCGACGUCCUCCCUCUCUGACCUCGGCAUCGGAAGAGAGAGAGAGAGAGAGUGCGGACAGAGGGGACGAUUUUCUCUAUUUUUAAUUUUCUUUUUUUUACCUCAAGUUUUGGUGGCAGUUUGGGCGAACCCCAAACGGACACGCUGCCUAUGGUGCUCUUCUUCUCUCCAACGUGGGAGGGAUUCCAUAGUUUACCCUCCCUAAGUGAAUUUAAUGAUUCUAAUUAUUAUUGCUAUUAUUAUCAAUAUUAUUACGAUUGCUAUUGUUACUGUUGAUGUUGAUAUUACAGGUAUUGUUAUUAUAUUAUGAAGAUGACUAUUUUUUAUUUUAAAUGUAUUGUUUUUCAUCAAUGUCGUUAUUAAUAUUAUAAUUGUUUUUGAGGGCUUUUUAUCCUUUUCUUUUAUUCUCUCCGGACCGCGAGGGGACUUCCUCGUCUCCGCCGGUCUCACUUGUUCGAUUUGAAUGUGAGAACAAGCUAAUCAUGAUUUUUUAAGUUGUUUUUGGUUUUGUUUUGAGUGUCGUUGUUGUUGUUUUUUCUUUCUUUGCCUUUUCUCCCAUUAACCUCUCCAUACAAUAUGGCACCUUCACGUCACUGCGAGCCAUGCCUGUGUCUACAACCUACGAGAGACACUCUGGAGGAAGGACAGUGUUCAUAAGAGGGCUAGUUCCAUGCUGUAAUUACAAAGUAUGUGACCAAAAUAGGCGAGGGAAGUCCCGGCAUCGUCAUCGGGGGCCUUUCUGUUUCGUGCCACUCUUAUUCAUACUGGAGGUCUUUACUGGUCCUUCUAAUGGUGCUUAUUUUCUGUCUUAGCUUCUGUUUUAGAUUCUUGCCCUUCUUGAUCAUCACGGUGGCUGUGACGUACCAGUGAUGUGCUAAUGAUGUACCAACAUCGGUGCUCUUUAAACGAAUCUAUUCAAGCAACAAGCUGCCCCAGGUUAGGUGCGACCGGUUACCUGCAACCGAUUAGGUUUAGUCGAUUAGAUUCAAUCGAUUUGGUGCAACCGGUUAGGUGCAACCACCUCUCCUGAGGAGUCAGUAACAUCAUCAACUGCUCACUUGGUGCUGACUAACAUUCUUAAGGUGCAGUAUCUAUCCAUUCAAGCCUAUGAGACCGAAGUAAGACUGAGGUCUUCGAGGUGCUACUAAUGCAGUUUGGUCCACUUUUGCUUACAAUGCCCUAAAGAUCAUGACCCACAGUGGGUUCCCGCAGGUUCCCGCAGGUUCCAGCGAGUCUCCAGCAGGUGCAUCCUCCAGCAAGACCUAGCAGUUCUAGUUAUUCUAGCAGUUCUGAACAUGGCUAAAGAUUGGGAAUUCUUCAAAUGUGAACCAGAUGAAUGGAGAACUCUUGAACUCUGGUCCAAAGCAUGACUCUAGAAUUAUUAAGCUAGUGUGGUGCAAGAGCGAGACCAGAAAAGACCUAAAAGGAGAAAAAGAGGUUGGUGCUACUAACCGUGCCUCUUUCCUUGUCUCCAUGCAAAGUUACUCUUUAGGUCUUCCUGGUCUCGCCCUUCGCCCUCCCCCAGAGAAAGCUAAGCUGAUGUCUCCUAUCUUAGCUCGAGGUGCUUCUUAGCAUUUUAGCACUGUUUAGCACUGUUAGCUACAGCGGUGCGGUUGUGCUAGCGAGCGAACUGAAGAGCUGGAGGUCUUCAGGUUGGUUCCCACAGGGCAGUCGAUGCUUCGGUGCUCACGGUUGAGUUGUUCGGGAGGGUCUGGUGCUUUAUGGAGCCGUCCUCUAAUUCUUUACCUCGUGUUGCGACGCUGAUCCCUCUGAUGUCACAACAUGCUACUAAUCGAAACUCGGCGCUACAGACUGCAGGUCUUUGGACCUGCAUCCACAUACUUAUCUACUUUUUUUUAUUAUUAUUUAUUACAUUUAUGAUGAUGAUGAUGAUGAUGAUGAUGGUUAUGAAGAUUAUUGUUAUUGUGCUUGCUGUCAUUUCUUUUUUUAUUUUGUUUUAUUGUUUCAUUUUAGACAAAUUGUAAAUAUAGAAGAAAAGAUUUUAUAAAAGCACUUUUAAUCUUGAUUUUAAUGAGGAGGAAAAAAACGAUAAGAACGUAAUAUUGACAACUUGAAUCUUAGUCAUUUUUUUGUUCGUUUUUUUCUUUUUCGUUCUUUUGUUCGUUUGGCUUUUUUAAUGGAAUUUUAUUGGGAGAGAUAGAAAUGUAAAUAGUUAAAUAUUUAGGUAAGAUUAUUUAACUGGUGAGGAAUAAAUCAUGAAUGAUUCCUUUCAUUUUUUUUAGUCAACAGUUGUCAGUAUGAUGUCGGGCCCUCAACAUUAACGGCAACGCUGGUGCUCACAUAGGUUUCGGAUUGGCUUUUUGCCAGUGAUACGGACUCGAGCGAGCUGAUCCUGAAUCAGUCAGCCCUGGUUUAUGUUCUCUGUACUCAAUAUACUGCUGUUUUAUUUUUAAGAAUAUGUACUGUACUUAGACCAAUACCUCUGAACAACCACCGAUACAGGCUUCCUCUCCCGCCAGUCGAGAAAACGGACAGAACUGAGAACAAAAACGUGGAGAAAUGGCAGCAUGAACAUUUGACACGUUGAAUGAUGGUGACGAUUGGACAGAUUGGAGAUGGGAAGGAAAAUGUAACUAAGGUUAGUGCUUGAUUAUGUAAGAAUUUACCACACCAUGAAAUACCGCAACGCUUAGGGUCAAGCUGCUUUCACACUGAAAACGGGAAACAACUGUCCAAUGCGGCAGCCAAUCAGAGAGAAGCUCAGUUUGCAUAGGACACCUUAGUGAAUUUUACUUCACUUGCAGUGCUCCCGACACUAAAAGUAAGAGUGAGGACAAGCGAAUGCCUUCUCUGAUACAUUAAAAGUCAGUCCCCGCCUCUUUUUUGGUUCCCACUGCCAUCAGUCAAUCAAUACAGCAUUUGCUCUCUCGGGACUCCAGCAACUGAUGCCGAAUCAAAACAUCAUUGUCUUCAUUUGCUGAGCCAGUCGGAGUCGUCAACCACAGUAAAGGUUUAAUGCUUUCAGCUUUUGAACUUUAAUGCAAUGUGCAUUGUCCAAAUCUUAGCUCAGCCAAUCAGAGAGCAGUGGGUGUGUCUACUAAUUCCUAAAACUGGCUAGAGCUCACUUUACUUUAGCUUAGCUUCGCUAGCUAACUCCCUAAUUAAUCCACUCACUAGGACUCCCUAGUGACUUGCAGUCUCUUGCAAUGCUCCCAACCUACCCGUCCAAAAAGAGCAUGACUUAUUAACUUAAUCGUGCUCUCUCAGACUCCGGCUGCUGAUGCCGGACCAGCAUGAAGCAGGUUUUGUGGUUCUCACAAGUGUCAUUGUCAACCGUCAACCACAGUAAGGGUUUAAUGCAAUGUGCAUUGUCUAAGUCCUAGCUCAGCCAAUCAGAGAGCAGAGAAUAAGCAAUGGUGGUUCACCAGGUUAUUGAUCACAGGGUUGUGGGUUCGAGAUCCAGCUUCAUCAAGCUACCACUGUUGGGUUCUUGAGCAAAACCAAGCUAACGUACUCUAGUAAUACAUUUUCCCGAAAACGUUUGUGGACCAUUUCUGGUUUAACACAGAGAGCGCCACCCACUUCACAGAUUUUCGCAACCAAUCGCAAAAGCAGUGUUAAUUACACAAUUGCGUAAUUAGCUUAUCUUAGCUUUAGCUUAGCUUCUCUUCGCUAGCUAACUCCCUAACUUACCCACUCACUAAAACUCCCUAGUGAACUUGCAAUCUCUUGCAAUGCUCCCAACCUACCCACCCACAGAGGGCUUAUUGACUUAUUUACCCUAAUCACACUCUCUCGGACUCCAGCUACUGAUGCCGAAGAGGCGACUGUAUCGUAUACCACCGUGUUCAGUGUGGAAGCAGCUUCAGGGUGCGAAUAGUACGACCCAUAAGGUUUGAGCUGGCCAAUGAAGUGAUCUCACGAUUGGAUUUUUGGAUUUGUUGGAUUUUUAGUACUCUGGUUGAAUCGCAGAUUUUCACAGAUUUGCGCUGAUUUUCGUCGAUUAUCGUAAGCGUUUAACACCUUUCGCCGCAGCAAAAUCAUGGUUUAUUCUGCAUUCUUUAGCGAAGGCGUGAAAGUCGUUGGUUCAGAACGAUGAAAUUAGAAAUUAUUACGUGAAUUUUUGAAUCUUUUAAUAACCAUGGUGCUACCCCCUAGAGGUCACUGUAGAAAUGACGUGCUGCGUAGCCGGGGAACGGUUGCUGUGCUGUUUUUGAAAUCUUUACUACGAUCUUUGAAGCGUUGUCUCAGAUUUAAGCGUAUAGGAAACGUCUAUGGUGCUGAUGAUGAUGAUGAUGAUUUACUUUUUUCACAUGUUGAAAGACUGUAUGAUGAUGAUUAUCGCAAUUGUCAUAAUUAUCGUUAUUUAAAACGAAGCACUCAGAUUUCUUGGCAGUUUUCUUUUCUUCUUUAUAUUUUUCUUUCUUUAUCUCUCUGUUUUUUGUUUUUUAACCCUAAAUAACUGAAAUGGUACUUGAAGCAGAUAUCUAGAAUCAAUGAUAUUAUACAGGUAGAAAAAUGAAAUUUGUGUGCUAUGGAGAUAAAUAGACUGACUGUUAACUUAAUAAGAUGUUCUGGCGCUCUGCCACGAGCCUGGAAAUGCGCUUUUAAACCCCAAUUUUUAAUUUUUAGUUCAUUUUAAUUUUAUUUUAUUUUUCGACAAACUUUCGUUGAGUUCAUCCAUGCAUUCCUGCACUCUUUCACACAAAUCACAACAAAAAAAAAUCACAAAAACACAAAAACACUCACAACACACAUUUAAAACACACACACUCGCGCAAAAACUCUUGAAACACUCUCAGAUUUUUCCUAACACACUUUUUUUAGUUUUAUUUCUCCCUCGUCAGCACUCAGAAUCAAAACAUUGAUCAUGUCCAAUAAAAAAAAAAUUACAUAAUUAUUACAUAAAAAAAUUUAAACAAACUUUAAAAAAAAAGAGAAAUAACUGGCAGCUACAUUCCUCUAUGAGUUAAAGAUUGCUCUUUGGUUCUAUUUUUCAUGUCAAGUAUGCAGUAUGUAUAAAGUGUUUUUUUCUUUCGUUCGGUCUCUCUCCUCGUAGCUGUUUGGUGUAUUAUGUGAAUACAUAGUGUAUGUGGUAAAAAAAAAUCCCACAAUCCUGUUUUAUGUUCUGCAAAAAAUAGAAAAAAAAAUAAAAA